AAGAAGGAGGACUUUCAGGGAAAUCUACUGAUGACCCAUCAAGGUCAGGUGGCUUCCCAAAAGCCAGAGAGGAGGGAAAGAGGAACACCCUCUACACACGUUGGCUGCCUGUGUGCUUAAUCAGGAAAAAAGGGCAAUUUUCGGUACUGAAAAUAUCAGCGUAAGGCUGCCGACAGCCUGGGCACAGAUCGUCUCACCUGCCUUCAGUUGCGGCGGCGAACGGGGUGGGGGCGCCUCCUGCACUCUGUCCCCUACGUGCACUUGGACGCUGCCGCUUCCUGCUCUCGCUCUCUUGCCCAGGCACUCAGCGGGCAGCCGGCCACCCCCCUUCCACCCGGGUUGUGCCUUUCCCUGCACUCCAGGCCAGGUGCCCCAGAAUAAAAGUCACCCCCACAGUGAAGGACGAGCCGCCAGAGAGAUCGCUGCCCUGGCCCCCGGGGCACGGGCACGGGCUCGGGCACAGCCAUGGAGCCCAUCGCGACGCGCACGGUGCAGGGAGCAGCGCAGGCGUUCUGGCAGGCCCUGCUGGUGGGGGACGGGUGUGCCGUUCUCUGCUUCCUGAGAGACCCCGAGAGCGGCGUGGGCCCCAACUCCAUCUUCGACACCAGUGACUCGGACGAGUGGCGGCAGUAUCGCUCCAAUUCCCGCUGGCUGAGGCUUUGGUCUCUGACCUACGAGCAGGAGCUCACCACGCCGCUGCACAUCACGGCCAGCCGCGGCUACCUGGACUGCUUGCGCCAUCUGCUGCUUCGCGGAGCCGAGGUGGACCGGGCGCCGGGCGGACAGACGCCCCGGCACGCGGCUCCCGCGGCGGCCGCCACCGACUGCGUCCGGCUGCUGCUGUCCUUCGGCGCUGACCCCGGGGCCGUCUCAGAAGGCGGAUUUCAGCCGCUCCACCUCUGCCGGAGCCCUGACUCUAGCGAGUGAGUAGCUCCGCCUUGCGUCGCGGCGCCCUGCGCCCUGCAGCGGAACAGCCGAGGCCUCGCCCUGAGCCGCUGGC